AUGGCUACUUCAAUCACUUUCUUCGUCGUUACAGUCACAUUUUUCAUUGUUAACUCUUGUGCUGCUAAUACAAAAAAGGUUUAUCAACCCAUGCAAUUCAGUUAUUUGGGUGGCACAGGCCCGGACAAGUGGGCAAGCCUGGACCCAAAAUUCGCUAUGUGUGCAAAUGGGAAAUCACAGUCUCCUAUUAACAUUGUGAAAGCCAAAGUAGUAGUUGACAAGAAGUUGAAGCCAUUGAUCAGAGAGUAUAAUUCUGCAAAUGUUACUUUGGUUAACAAUAAAUUUAACGUCGCGGUGAUUUACCCUGGUAAUUGUGGAAAGUUGACUGUGGAUGGCAAGAAGUAUUCUUUGAAGCAAAUGCACUGGCAUUCCCCUUCUGAGCAUCGAAUUGAUGGCGAACAAUUUGCAGCAGAGCUUCAUCUGGUGCACUUAGCCGAUGAUGGUAGUGUUUCAGUUGUGAGCAUCCUUUUCCGGUUAGGACACCCCGAUCCUGUUAUCGAGAAGAUACAAAACAAAUUAAGUGAACUGGCAAAGGAGGUUCAUACAAGUAAUGAGAAAGCUCCAAUUACAGUGGGACCCUUUCAUCCCACAGAAGUGAGGAAAAAUGGCCACAAGUAUUACAAAUACGUUGGUUCUUUUACAACUCCUCCAUGCACUGAAAAUGUUACAUGGAUCAUACAUGCCAAGGUGAGGUCAAUCUCGAAAGGACAAGUUGAGACUCUAAAAGCUCCACUCGAUAUGAGAUGCAAGAACAAUAAUAGACCAGUGCAAGAAAGCAAUGGACGCCUCGUGGAGCUAUACGAGGAGCAGUCAAACCAUUUAUAG